AUGGAGUCGUUUCUAUUUACAUCCGAGUCUGUGAACGAGGGACACCCAGACAAACUCUGUGACCAAGUUUCAGAUGCUGUUCUUGACGCUUGUCUCGAGCAAGACCCUGAAAGCAAAGUCGCAUGUGAGACUUGUACCAAAACCAACAUGGUUAUGGUUUUCGGUGAAAUCACCACCAAGGCCAAAGUUGAUUACGAGAAGAUUGUCCGUGACACUUGUCGCAAUAUCGGAUUCGUCUCGGCCGAUGUGGGACUCGAUGCUGACAACUGCAAAGUGUUGGUCAACAUUGAGGAACAAAGCCCUGACAUUGCUCAAGGUGUUCAUGGUCAUUUCACUAAACGUCCUGAAGAGAUUGGAGCUGGUGAUCAAGGUCACAUGUUUGGGUAUGCAACUGAUGAGACUCCUGAGUUGAUGCCGUUGAGCCAUGUUUUGGCUACAAAGCUUGGUGCGCGUCUCACUGAGGUUAGGAAGGACGGGACUUGUCCGUGGGUAAGACCUGAUGGGAAGACUCAGGUCACCGUUGAGUACUACAAUGACAAUGGUGCUAUGGUCCCUGUUCGUGUUCACACUGUUCUUAUCUCCACCCAGCACGAUGAGACUGUCACUAACGAUGAAAUCGCUCGUGACCUCAAAGAGCAUGUGAUCAAGCCUGUGAUUCCGGAGAAGUACCUUGACGAAAAGACCAUCUUUCACCUUAACCCAUCUGGCAGAUUUGUCAUUGGUGGCCCUCACGGAGAUGCUGGUUUGACUGGACGCAAGAUCAUUAUCGACACAUACGGUGGUUGGGGAGCUCACGGUGGUGGUGCGUUCUCGGGUAAAGACCCAUCGAAAGUGGACCGAAGCGGUGCUUACAUAGCUAGACAAGCAGCUAAGAGCAUUGUAGCCAGCGAUCUUGCACGCAGGGCGCUCGUUCAAGUCUCUUACGCCAUUGGUGUCCCCGACCCAUUGUCUGUUUUUGUUGACACAUACGGAACCGGGAAGAUUCCAGACAAGGAGAUUCUCAAGAUUGUGAAGGAGAAUUUCGAUUUCAGGCCAGGCAUGAUGACUAUUAACCUUGACCUCACCAGAGGUGGCAAUGGAAGGUUCUUGAAGACAGCGGCGUACGGGCACUUUGGUAGGGAAGGUCCAGAGUUUACCUGGGAGGUCGUUAAGCCGCUUAAGGCAGAUAAGGCUUAA